GUUGCCAGGUGCCACUCGGCUACUCAAUUAUGGAGGCCUCAGCCACCGCCUCAUCCACAGCCGCAUCCUUGCAACGUGUUGCCUCCCAGUCGAGUCUCGUCCAGCCACAUCACUAUCAUUAUAUACAAUAUCCGGCGCACUUUCUGCAACAGCAGCAGCAACAGCAGCAGCAACAGCAGCAGCAGCAGCAAUCCACAACAGCCGCACAGCAAUGCCAGUGUCCCUGCUCCUGUGGACGUGCCACUACCACACAGCAGCAGCAAAAUGCCUCCAUGGCUGUGGCUGUGCUCGUGCAUCAGCAGACUACAACAAAUCCUGUUCAGCAACAGCAGCCGACUCCAGUCAAGACACAGUCAGCGCAAUCCCUGCUCAAUCAUUCCUAUCAAGCGCUAGCCGAUGAGGAGCGGGAGCAGAGAGAGCGGGAUCGGGACACAUCAUCAGGCAAUCCGCCCGGCUGUGAUUGUGACCUGGAGUGCAAUUGUGCUAUGGGAAAUGGUGCCCCCGCCUCCCUCUCCCUCUCCCAGCAGCAGCAGCACAAGCGUCAUCUGCUCAACGAUGCCAUGGUGGGCGCCGAUGAGAUUACGGUCAGUGAAUCCGACAACAAUAGCACCAUGAUCAAGAAGAAGAAACCACGCUCCACUGCAUCAGCAGCAGCAGCAAAUCAAUUGCCACCCAAAUCGCAGCCCAGCGAUAGCUGCAAUGACAUCUACCAUGACACGGAACUGGAGGCGGCGGCAACGGGGGCAGCUCCAGGAGCUGUGGUCAAGUCUCAGGGCCUGGAUGAUAAUCGUCCGCCCUUGCCGCCACGCCCACCACCCAGGCCAAGGAACGCCGCCAAUGGGUCCAUGGCUCAUCGACAUGGCGCGGGCAUUAAGAAGUAUGUGGUCUGGUGCCUUAUCUGUGGCGGCUUCAGUUGCCUGCUGGGCGUGCUCUUCCUUGGUGUCUACUUUCUCCUCCAUUCCUAUACGAUUACCGUGGGCAACUUUGAGACGGUGCCCACUUUUGUGCCGGCCACGCUGCUCAUCCUGACGGGCGUUUGCAUCAUGAGUUUGGCGCGUCGUCGCAAUCGUUAUAGUUAUCUGAUCAAGUUAUCGGGUGCCUGUGGACUCGUCUCUGCUCUGACCUGUGCCCUGGUCACGGUGACAACCACCGUGCUCCACAUGAGCCGGCUGCAGGCGUUGCGGGAAUGCGAAUAUGCCCAGAAGACGCGCACCUGUACCUGCUACUCCGAUCUCAUCGAAUCCCAGGUGGAUCGCGUGGACAAAGAAGGUGUUCGCCUCGUGUUUGACUCGCUGUCCGAUUGUGGCGUUGUCCACGGCUCCCUCUACUCCUGCCUACGGGCCAUUUUCGGGCUGUCCGUUGCCGGAGUGUUAAUCGCCGUCUUUAGCUGCAUGCUGGUCUAUCAGCUGCUCAGCCACGAGCGCAAGAAAAUGUACUGGGAGCAGUUGGAGCUGCGUUGCCGUUCCCUCUACGCCAGCCAGGUGCCUCCUCCGCCGCCUGCGCUGACUGCACCCGGACGUAUGCUUAAUUGUCGUUGCUGCGAGCAGUGCCACGCCCAUCGCCAGCUGACGUUGCCCGCCGCCGGCCUGCCAUGGGAUGAGGCGAGUGCAGCUGCCGUGGCUGCUGUGGCCGCCGCCUCCGGUGGCGGAGCCGGAGCCGAGCAGCGUUUCUGGGCCGCACAGCCGCCGGGCAAUUUCUACUCCCCCAAUCCCGGCGAAGAGUCCGCAGCGAGUGGUUGCCGCAACGGUCGAGAUCGCGGCGUGCGCAGCGGUAACAGCAGCGGCUGGAGCUGGCCGAGAAUGCCCUGGCAGCGGAAUACGCCGGAUGCAACGCGCCGUUUCCGUCAAUCCGCGGCCAGUCCGGAUUCACAGUACGGUUUUAGCACGGCGGCGGCGGUUGCCGUCGCGGAUGGAGAUCGUAUGUUGAUGGAGGAACCUACGGCCAUAGUGAGUACGGCUGUUUAUAAUGGGUUGCCUACGGCGCUGCCCUACGGCGUCUGGGGUCCUCCACCCCCGUACAGUGAUCCCAAUAGUCCGGCACGGCGCGGCUACUAUCAGUAUCUGCAGGCAGGCAGCUGUCUGCCGGCCGGAACGGGUUUACUGGCGCUCCAACAGCAUCCACAGCAACUGUCCCAGUUGGAGCAACUGCCUCAGCAACUGCCGCAGCAACUGGCGCAGCAGCCGACGCGUCUGUGUGUUCAGCAUGCCGGUCAAGCAGCGACGCUCGAGCGCAUGGACGGCCUCUCGCUCAGCGGAGGCACUGCAUCCAUGGCCGCCAUACCACGCAGCGCUGCAUACAAGGCCAAGCCAGUGGCUGAAUAUGAGAACACCCAUUCGGAUAGUGACGGUGGAGAUGGUAACGAUGGCAGCUGGACGCGGGAACGCGGCUCCAACACGCUGCCCAGCCGCAAGCUAAAGAAACGCAUCGAGGCGGGUGGCGCCAAGAGCAUUGGACCACAGAACCAGCAGCGGCCCAAUGUGCAGCAACUUUUCGCUGGGGAAGCGGCCGCCGCCAAGGAGCAGCAGCAGCCGGCAACGGAGGAGGAGCUAGUGCAGCAGCAAACUCAGCCAGUUAGUGGCGUGGAGAACGUUGGCUAUCAGGAUUCGAAUGGUGCCAUUGCCAAGACGACGACGUCCGCAGCGCUGCCCGGCGAGGAGGCAGCCGAGUCGGAGGUUUAUUUUGCGGACGUGAGCAGCUGCUGCAACGACAACUACUACGACAAUGCCCAGGUGCAUCAUCAUCAUCACCAUCAGCAUCAGCAUCAGCACAGCCAUAGCAGUCACAGCAGCAGCAAUCCGGAGGAUUAUCUGACGCAGCGCUUUGGGCGGCGGGAACACUCCAUACGCAGUCGCUUGCCCAUGCCACCAGCCCGUCUCCCAGCUGGUGAGGAUGAGGAUGAUGACGACGAGGAUGAUGAUGAGGAUGAGGAUGAUUACGAGCGCUCCAAUCUCAAUAGACCCACGCUCAAAAAUGCCGCCCUCGAACAGCAGCAGCAGCAGCUGCAAAAGGACAUCUCCCGGCAGAGCAUGUGUUCCUUGGAAUCCGAGGCGAAGACCGAGUUCACCGAUCUGUCCCCAGCCACGCCCUGCGAAGGGCCUCUGCCACCGCCGCCGGCCAACUUUGCCAGCGAACCGCUGUCAAAUUCAAAUGUAAAUUUUGUGGCCACAUUUCCGUAUUCGUCGGAAUCACAGUGUUUGGAGGCACAUCGUCGGAGUACAAAAAAUAUACACGAGCUGCUGCUGGGCAACAGUUGUGCAACUGUUGAGAGCAAUCAUUCCCCCCACUCACACCAAAACUCACCACACUCGCAUUACGAGCUGAUCAACGAGCAGCGUUUUCAGCUGCAGCGUUCGCAAAGCAAACACAACUCGAAAUCGAAAAACCGUUCCCGGGAACAGUUGCAGGACAUCUAUGCAGGCGGCGAGCAUGCCGAUUGGUCCGAUGCUGCAGCACCAGUGACAGUGCGAGCCAGCAGCAAACGUUUGUGAGACGAAAUCGAUAUCGAAAUCGAACUUUUCGUCUAGGUUUCACACUAACACUAACUCACACCACAAAAGCGUUCACUAUCUUCCUUUUGAUUUGUGCACACAGAUUGUAUGCAUAUAUAUAUAUAUAUAUAUAUAUAUAUGUGCAUUUGUAAUUUUUGCCAGCCCGAAUCAACUCUGUUAACAGUUAGUUUCACUUAAUACCGCGCUCUCUCUUUUUCUCCCUAUAAGGUAAAACUUUGCUUUAACUAUUUUAUGCCAUCCUUAAAUUUAUAUAUGAAUCAUAUUGUAGUAUUGAAUUUAAUGUUGAAAUUGUAGCAACGAUAAUCUAUGAAUAUUAUACAAAUUAUAUGUUACACUUACCUGCAUAUAUAAAUAUAUAAUACACAUACAUACAUAAUACAUAUGUAGUUAGUUAAACGUUAGAUUGCCAGUUAUAUUUGUUAUAUUAAACAAGUACACAACAACA